AUGAGCAACUACGAAGACACAACCACAGCAACCGCCAGCCCAUAUGCACAACAGCGUCUUGUCAGUGAAACAUGCGUGGAUUUAUUCCUGAUUGAGAUGGUGGAUACUAUAUGCAGAACGACGGCAGUCGAGUCUGAAGCCGAUAGCGAAGCUAUGUUUUACAAGUUGGAUAGUCUCGGCUAUGCUGUAGGACAAAGGAUGGUGGAAAGAUUCACCAAGGAUCGACCGAGAUUUGCCGAUACGUUGGACGUUGUCAAAUUCAUAUGCAAGGACCUUUGGACCAUCAUGUUUAAGAAGCAAAUCGAUAAUCUAAAGACGAAUCAUAGGGGUGUCUAUGUGCUUCAAGACAACAGCUUCCGGUGGUUUAUGCGCAUGUCGACAGAUAUCGGAGGCGCUGACUCGGCCAAAAAGGCAACACCGUACAUUUGGUUCCCUUGUGGUAUUGUUCGAGGUGCACUAGCCAAUCUAGGCGUACAAAGUGACGUUGUAGCAGAAACAUCGAAUCUUCCACAAUGCACUUUUCAAAUCAGGAUCACAAAGUAA